GCCGCUGUGCUCAGAAACAUGGCGACCUACAGCAAUCUGUCAGCUCUGUUUCCCCUUCAGAGCCAGUUAGACUACGAGCUGGAGGACGUAGCUACGCCGGAGGAGAAGGAGAAGCUUGUCCUACAGUACUUAAGAAAACUGGAUGGAAAGGAAGAGCUGAGGGUUCCUGAUUUUGAGCCAGGACUCGAAUGGCUGAACACUGAGGGGCCUCUGUCUCUGCAAAAAGAGCUGGCAGGCAAAGUGGUGGUGCUGGACUUCUUCACCUACUGCUGCAUCAACUGCAUGCACCUACUGCCUGACUUGCACCAACUGGAGCAACUUCACACUGUUAAAGAUGGCCUGGUUGUUGUAGGUGUUCAUUCAGCGAAGUUCCCCAAUGAGAAGGCUCUACAGAAUGUGUGCAGUGCAGUGCUCAGGUACAGCAUCACCCACCCAGUGGUGAAUGACAGGGAUGCACGGCUAUGGCAGGAGUUGGAGGUGGCUUGUUGGCCCACCUUGGUGAUUUUGGGCCCCAGGAGAAACCUGCUCUUCUCUUUGGUGGGUGAAGGCCACCGAGAAAGCCUCUUACUCUUCACGGCUGCUGCUCUUAAGCACUAUAAAGAGCAGGGCCUGCUCCAAGACCAUGCUGUGGGAAUAAAACUCUACAGGGACUCCUUACCCCCAUCCAUUCUCUCCUUCCCUGGAAAGGUCGCAGUGGAUCCCAACAGCAAGACGCUGGCCAUUGCAGAUACAGGGCACCACAGGGUUCUGGUGGUUUCCAAUACUGGAAACGUCCUACACAGUGUAGGGGGAUCUAAAAGCGGAUGGAAGGAUGGAAGCUUGUCUGAGGCAUUGUUCAGCUCUCCUCAAGGAGUGUUCAUAAAGGGAGACACCGUGUUUGUGGCUGACACGGAGAACCAUUUGAUCAGGAAGAUUGACCUUUCAAAGGGAAGAGUCACCACUUUAGCUGGCAUUGGAGUACAAGGCACAGAUAAGGAGGGUGGGGCAAUGGGACCGCAGCAGCCAAUCAGCUCCCCCUGGGAUGUCAUCCUUGGCUCUGUAGGUGGUAUGGAGGAUAACGUGUUGUGGAUUGCCAUGGCGGGGACGCAUCAAAUCUGGGCUGUGUUCCUGGAAGAUGGGAAGCUGCCCAAGGGAAGUGAGUAUGGAAAAGGAACGUGUGUGCGUUUUGCAGGCAGUGGAAAUGAGGAGAACAGGAAUAAUGCAUACCCACAUAAGGCUGGCCUGGCUCAGCCCUCAGGUCUUGCCCUUGCCCCCAGCCAGCCAUGGAAUUGCCUUUUCAUCGCUGACAGUGAAAGCAGCACCAUCAGAAGUCUGUCGUUGAGCGAUGGGGCUGUCAAGCACGUGGUGGGAGGCGAGAGAGACCCUUUGAAUCUUUUCGCCUUUGGAGAUGUGGACGGUAAAGGUGUAGAUGCCAAGCUCCAGCAUCCAUUAGGAGUGGCCUGGGAUGCAAGCAGCAGCUUGUUGUAUGUGACCGACUCUUACAACCACAAGAUCAAAGUAGUGGACCCUAAGACUAAGCAGUGUAGGGUGCUGGCAGGCACUGGUGAAGCAAGCGAUGUGUUUGGCCCAGGCUUCACAGAAUCCAGCUUUAAUGAGCCUGGAGGCCUCUGUGUGGCCGAGGGGGGCAAGCUGCUGUAUGUAGCGGACACCAACAACCAUCACAUCAAAGUGCUGGACCUGGAGACAAAAAAAGUCUCCCUGUUUCCUAUUUCAGUGGAGGAAGUGGAUGCUCUUCGUGUCACUACAGCCUCUACUACUGCAGUCAGAAAGGUUCCCAAGCUGCCCAAGUCAGCCCCUGUGCUCAGUAAGACUGCACUGCCAGUGUCAGCAGGGCAGGACAUCAGUAUGAACCUCAGCCUGACGUUACCUGCUGGGACCAAACUGACCAAAGAGGCCCCCAGCUUCUGGAGUCUGUCUGCUGAAGGUAAUGAGUGGUUACUGGAAGGACAGGCUGUGACUGGUGACAUCGCCAAUCUAUCCCAGCCUCUCUCCAUCAUCUGCUCUGUCCCAGCUCAGCCUCAGUCCACAGACCCUGUGCUAACCCUCAGCGCCUGGGUCUAUUGCUGCCUCUCAGAAGGAGGAGCCUGCAUGAUGAAAGUGGUGUCCUUUACGCAGCCUCUGCUUAUUGGCUCUGAACGCAAGAGUGGCACUGUUGCUGUGAUGCUAACACACGCAUUCUAAAUCAAGCACUUGGGGUUUUUUUUUGUUUGUUUUUAUUAUUAUUAUUAUUGUGUAUUUAUUUUGCACAGCAUGUUGAUACAAAUACUGUAACGCAGAGGUUUCUAACCUUGGUGCUGAAGUCUUCCUGCCCUGUAUUUUUUAGUUUUGUCUUCAUUACUGUGUCCAGUCCAGCUAAGCAGCAAAAUAAUAUGGGAUGACUUAAAACAAGGAAUUCACUAAGGUUUGUAUGUCUUACAUAUAUAUGUGUGUGUGUGUGUGUGUGUGUGUAUAUAUAUGAAGCAAAUAAUUCAUUUUAUGUUACAUGCAUGUACAUUAGGGAUGCACCAGUACAGGAAUUUUGGGCCAUUUUUGUGCUCUGCUACUGUCGAUAUUGAUAUGAGAUGAGAUACGCAAAGGUUUGUGCACCCCUGGACAAAUGUACAUGUUUUGUUGAUUGAAGUAAAAAUAAGUUAACACACUUUGUUUUAUUGCAGUUACUUUUUUUCUGAAUUUAGCAUAUUGGAGAGAAUAUUUUUACAGCAACAAAAAAUAAACAGAAAUUGUGCAUUGCACAUUAGCAGAAAAAUGCUAUGUUUAAGGAUGGAUUUAGAGGCUGUUUUCACUUAUUUGUACUUAGAAAAUCAACAAAAUAUGUAAUUUGACCAGAGGUAUUCAAACUUUUGCAUAUUUGUAAAAUCCACCUGGAUUUCUCUCUUUCACCUAUGGACAUAUUUAGUGUGCCCUGUAAAAGCAGGACAUUUAGGUGACACUGGGCUAAAAUAUGUCCUCGUAAUGAUCAGUUUGAUACGUCAGCCAAAUCUAAACAUCUGCCUGUUGAUGACAUUUAUUUUAUCUGCAGAUACAUUGUAUGAUUCUGAUAUCCUUGUGCAUCCCUAGUAUACACAUUUAAGCCAUUGUGCAUAUGAAUUGACAGUUGUUGUACAGAGUGAUCCACUGAUCAUGUAUCAUGUCCACUGAUAAGAAUCUGAUAAUCGUGUCUUUGUGUAGUUUUAAAAAGAGCUAGAAAAUCCAGAACAAAGUGCCUUUUUCUGAGAAGUGCGUAUUCAAUUCAAUAUUACCUAGCUGCAUUGGCUCUGUUUGGCUGAAGGCUUUGUUGUAGUCAGGCAGUGACAUCAGUUUCUCCCACCUCAUAUCUGAUGUACCUUUAUCUUUUCAGUGAAGUCCAAACAGCAGAAGUACAUCUUUUACUUUAGUACAUCUUUUCAAAACCGGUUUGAACCGCAUUCGUAUUCUCACACAGUCGUUUUGGCAUAGACCGUACCGCACAUUUGAAAAUGUAAAGGAAGAAAACAAACCUCUUUAGAGCACUUCACUAUGCUAAUGAAAUGGAAGUAUGCAGCAAUGUAAUUAAUUCAGAAAAUGUGAGGAUAUGCUCAUUAUUUUCACAAGUUGGAGUGUAUUUGGAUGUUGUUCAUGGUUAGUAAUUUUCAUUUUGAUUCAUAGUAUGCAUAGCCAAGUAAUCCGGGCCAUAUUAGCAUAUAAGCAGGAGCCUAUAAGCGGCGGUAAAGAUGGUGCUGGGCUGUUCAGUCUAUUGCUAUAGCUUUAUUACUUUGCUUGAAUUUCACACUAUUUAUGCAUUAUCCUAUAAUACAACAGUGUGAUUGAGUAACAGUAAGCAGUUCUUUCACUGCUUGUUUACAAGGUCCAAGUUCCUUUAAAAUUGAGACUGUAUACAAUAUUGUACAUUGUCAUGUAGUAACAUUUAUUUAACUCAUUCAAGUUUUUUUUUUUUUUUUUUUUUUUUUUUUUUUUUUAAAAACAAGUGAGUGAUGAGCAAUUAAGACAAGACAGCUCAAAUAUGAUGGAAAAAGAAAACGGCCAAGAAUGGGUUUAAGUUGAAAUUAAGCUUUACCUUGUUAUACUUGUUAUAGUUCAGACUACUGUUACUUAUGGACUGUGUUUACAGACUAUUUGAACAGAUCCAGAGUGCAGGAUAAUGUUUCUGGCUUGGCUCACUUACAGUUAAUGGCUUUCUCUCUCUCAUCCAGAGGCAGCUCUUUUUAUUACACAGCAUCUAUAUUUUGCACUUUAGCAGACUAUUUGGAGCAAUUAAUAUAAUAAACAUUAUUUUACUAUUCAACUGUU